GAAAUACAGUAUAAACGUGUUUUCCUUGAUGACAUAUUACAAAUUAGACUGCUUUAUUAUAUAUAUAUAUAUAAUAUGAUACGAAUAAAUCAAGAGGGUGAAAAAGUAAAAACACCAUCUUAAUUGCCACUCAAACUUUCUCUCUUCUGCUUGUUACAGUUCUACAGAUAUGCGACUGGACCUCGGGUGGAAGUCAGCCGUGCAAUCCAUUCUACCACCUACGACACUAGGGAGCAACGCCAAUCGUAUCUUCGUUAUGGAAAAGAAAAGGGUUUUCCCUUUGGAGUGUACGACUUCUUUAAGGACAGGCUGCUGCUUCCCCGCCAAAAAACUAAUGGACAACUCAGACGAAAUGUGCAAUGGAGAAGCUGGACACACUCGAAACUUUACUUCUAUAUUUCUGCCAGAGAUCAAUAAGAUCAAUCUUCACUAUUAUGGCAGUAAAGAUCAACUCCUCAAGGAGAUCAUCAGAACUAAAAAACAAGACUCAUUCGUCAUUCACCCCCACAGUUUGUUCAGGUAUGGUUUAUAACAUAAUGUUAAAAUGACAGUUAUAGGCGAUGGCUAUUAGCAUCGAGCGGUUUUUUAUUUGUAUAAAUUAGCUAGACUAUGCUAGUUAGUUAGGUGAGUUAUAUAACAUUAGAUUGCCAACUAGCUUACUUAGUUAACGUUUAUAGCUAGUUACUUGCCCCAGGCCAUUAAGAACAAGCAAACGUAAGUUAGAAGUGAUAGUAAGCUAGUUAUAUGACGAUAAUUGAAACACCGGAGAAAACAGGUAAUGUUCAUAGCAUGGGCUAGCUGAAUAGUGAGGUUAACGAUACACUCUAGCUUGCCAGGUUUAGGCUGAAGUAGGCUCGUGACAGUUAGAUUCAUUUAUAUUAACCGGUAUCCAUCAAGCCAAUUGCUCAAUUGACUCAGCUUUACGAUUCAGUGAGAAAGCAUCUUCUUCAUGACUGAAACCACAUUAUCGGCACCCAAUAAAGAAUACAGCAAUUUAUACACAUUUACCUUGUCACGUCUAUGGCAGCCGGUCUGUUGAUUUUACCUCCUUGCUUAGCUAGUCACUGGCAGCAUAACCAGUUAUGUCUUUCACUUGUUCUUUGAUUUCUGACUUUUUCCUCAGGAGGUACUGGUUGUGGAUAAUGAUUCUGGUGACAGGGAUCAAUAUGUUCGCCCUCCCCCUUGAUGUCAGUUUCUUUGGGAGGAAAACCUACAUUGGCUGGACUGUCUUUAAUGUCUUUACGGACAUAGUAUUCAUUGUUGAUCUGUCCCUGAAUUUUCGAACGGCCUACAUUCAUGGACAGGCCAAGGUAAGUGUAUUGUUUAUUUACUAAGAAAUAAUGUGUUCAGAGUCCCAGUGCUAUUGCAACAGUAGGGCCAAAGAAUGGCAGGUAUUUUAUUUGGCUCUCAUAUAUUAAGUCUAUCUACCGUUGUCAUCUGUCUGUCAACCAACAGGCUACUCUGGACCGUCAAAGUAUAAGGAACAACUACCUGAAGACCUGGUUCUUACCUGAUCUGUUGGCCGUAGCACCAGUUGACUACUGUCUGUCAAUUUGUUCGGUGUGUGUUGUCAUGUCUCCCAUAUGAUGUGAAUUUCAAGAAUAAUAAACUGGGGUUUUAGUAUAGUGGGUUUAGCUAAAGUUCCUGAUUUUAUGUAUUUAUUUAUUUGUUUUGAUAGUGUAGAGUUGGUUGAAUGGGUGAAACUUUGAAAAAUUGCUGUGCUCGAAAAGGGUACAUUCUCUGUUGCUUUCUUGACAGAACCUUAUUUCUUUAGAUGUAGUUACAGCUAAUUUCUGCUUUAGGCUUUGGGUGCAUUUGACUCAAGUGAUUAUGGGAGUAUAAUGAAGUUCACAAGUAUCUUUAGCCUCCUGCGUCUCCUGAGGGUCUUCAGGCUAGUGCACUACGUAAACAACUGCAUGGAGGCAAGUGGACUUUAUGGAACGUUUCUUUUGAUGUGUUAUAUAUUUCCAUUUCCAUUAUAUUUCCUCCAUAUCCCCACCAACUCUUCUGGCCCACAGUUCCAUAUUGCCAAGCAAAAGUAUGUAAUGUGAUGCUUGGCACAACGUGGCUUCUUACCUGUGAAGUAAAUCGUUACUUAUUACGAAACUUUUUUUAUUACCAAAAGGCAUACAUUUGUCAUGGUUCUUUACAAGGAUUCAGUUUCCAUUGGCAAUAUUAUGUACAUCCUUCCAAAGGUUCAACUGGUAGGCUAUAUCAAUAACGGUGCCAGUGCCGUGGUGUGAGGACUAGAGGAUAGUGACCCUUAAUUAUACACAACACCUCAACAUGCUUUAUCUUAAAUGUACUAAAGAGCUAACUAUAUGUAAAUGUACUAGGCCCAGUAUUGUCAUUCUUUUCAGAUUUCGUUUUUUUAUUUAUGGUUUGCUCUCCUCACAGAUGCUGAGUAUUGGUAUGAAAUCCAAAUUGGAGCUGACAUACACCAUCUUUGGCAUCUUCCUCAUCUGCCACUGGAACGCCUGCUUCCAAUUCAUGUUGCAGAGCCUCAUGGACUAUCCACCAAACAGCUGGGUAACCCUGGAGGGCUUAGUGGCCAAACCAAUCCAUGCCCAGUACGCUAAGGCCAUGUUUCGUUCCCUUUGCCAUAUGAUGACACUCAACUAUGGCUCAGAAAUUCCAAAAGGGAUAUCAGAGCUGUGGAUGAUGAUCAUCAGCAUAACAACCGGUACUGUUUUAUAUGCUCUGGUUCUGGCCAAAAUCACGGCCCUCGCGAGCAUGUCCAACCCCAGCCAGCGGGCCUAUGAAGAUAAACGCAAUGAGCUACAGGUGUACGUGAGACACAAACAUCUGCCGGAUUUCCUUAUCCCCCGUAUGUUUAGUCAUAUGGUGAACUGCUACCAGGGCAAGUGGUUUGAAGAGAAGGCCAUCCUAGAUGAUCUCUCUGAGCCACUAAAACUGGAAGUGAUGCAGCACAUUUGUGGGGACCUGAUGAGACGAGUGUUUGGAGACAAACACCCGCUGUUUGUGAACGAGCUGCUGCUGGCUCUUGAGUUUGAGAGCUACCAUAUUGGAGAUGUGGUCAUCCGGCCGGGGGUAGUGGCAGAGUGUAUGUUCCUCAUCGACAAGGGCUCCAUACUGCUGGAGCAUGCUGGUGUCAAGCACACGCUAAUAGAUGGAGACUAUUUUGGAGGUAAACCCCAGUAGCUGUCCUGUAAUGAUGCACAGGAGAUCGAGGGAUAAUGAGAGUGCUUCAUCUAUAAACAACAGUGUUUCAUUGGGCCUCUUUUAUGCAGUACAGCUUAAUAGUGAUUUUGUCUGAUCCAGGCAAUAGACUAAUGAAACCAUGACAUUUGUUUAAAGGGAUUGGCUUAACAUGUUGCCAUCAUUAAAGCUUAUGUAAUUGAUCCCUGAUUCACACACUCUGCAAUAUCACAGUAUAUAGCUAUUGUGUUGCUGUGACUAUUGAAAAGAAAAUAUUCCUAUCUAAGUAAGUAUGAUUAACAUUGCUAUUGCCAUUUGGUGUGACUUAAGCGAGAAUAAGUCAUAUGGGGAAACACAAAAAUCACAGUUCAUGCACUGAAGUCAAACCACACAAAAAACUAUAUUAAGACAUAGUAUUUCAGCACAAAUGACUUACAUAAUAACAGGGGAAUGUUAGCAGAGUUGCAGCGCUUUUAUAUGAAGGAAUCAAAAAGUAAUUGGACAAUUGGCGGCCCGGCUGUUCAUUGACCAGGCUAAUUACAAUAUAUUCGAAUAAAUAAUACAUUAUGUAUUUAAAUAAUGGUUUUUUUAAGCUGAGCUGAAUCCUAUGAUGUUGUUGUGACAGCCCAGAAACAGAUUAAUGUUCUUUUCCUGUUACAUUACACUCUAAGUAGAAAUCUGAAGCUAGAGCUGAUUAAUCAACAUUAUGAAUGUUACAACGACAUUACUAGUUAUGUGUGCAUGUACAUUUUUGUUGGUCAGGUUUGUGUACUUCCCCUUUCGCUGUGAAUGGGAUAAGUGAAUCUAUUUGUAAAUAUGUGAUGAGCUGCUAAGACAAAAAAUGAGUAUUCCCCAAGUAGUCCCCGAGUUCCUGUCAAAGAACAAUCUCCUCGAUCCGAACCAGUCUGGAUUCAAAAGCGGUC